CUUGCAUUCUGUUUGUUUCAUUUACCAUACCCAUGACACUCGUACAAAUAUUGUGACAAACUUACAUACGAAUCACCGGCAUGUUUAAGACAGCUCUUUUGAGAAAAUGUUAAGAGCGUCACUCGGGAUAGGAGUACUAUGUUUAACAGAAUUAGGUGGCAAGGCCACUCAAGGCUGUCUUUUGAGCUGCAUAAUUGUAGGCCCAUGGCCAGCUGAGAUAGAGCAGGUAGGCAUUGCACUUCAGCAGAGAGGUACCACUGGUGUGUGACAGGGUGGGAUGUGAUCCUGGCAGCGUGCAGAUGUUUCUUCUGCAGCCAUGUAUCAGAGUCGGGAGAGGUGGCAGGCGUUAUGGGCACAGAGUAACCCUCAUUUGAGAACUUCAAUGAGAACAAGAGCUCAGGAUCAAUGGUGUUGCAGGGCUUUUUGGAAAUCAUGUUGAGUUUACGCGAUGUGCUUUCAGUGGACAGGAAGGAGGCCCAGUUGGAACGAUGACAGUAAUAUUAAAACGCAAGGCCACAUUAGUUUUCAGUGUAUUACACAAGUAAGUUCCAUUGGAUGUAAAAAUUACUAUGGGCCCAUAGUUUAAUCUUGAUAGUUUAGUUAAUGCUCUCUAUUAAUCGGGUUAUCAUCAUAGUUCUUGGUCCAGUAGUCAACAGGCUUAUACACUUAAUUAAUGUGAUGAUAGUUCAGAAUAUAAGUGGGCAAAAUAAAAUAAAAUCCUAGAGGCCAGCAGUCAACAGUGGUUGUUCUAUGGAUAACUUGACACCCACCCUAGGGAUCUGGGAUCCCCACAACUAACCCAGAGCCACCAGAGCAAUGAUCACCACAGUCGUGCUCAUUUGUGCCGCAGAGAUACUUUGACUUCAUCGCAGUUAUUAUUUGGCUUAUGUAAAUUUUUCACAAAAGGUUGCCAUUACCAUAUAUAUGUUCCUUACUAUCCAAGUAUAUCUCACUUUAAAUAGACCCAUUCCCACAUUCACCUUUCUACUGCAAACGCCUAACGAGGAAUUCAGAGGCCCCGUAGCAUUGGCACGCUAAAGCCAUGUGAGUGAGGGCCACUUAGCAAUCAAAGGCAUAAGUAUAGCUCACUGUUUGUGCAGCUCACUUUGAGUGGUCUCCACAGCAUAGCACUAGGACAAGUGCAAAGUUUCCAUACAUAGGGGGUACCACUUACAAAUAUCGCCACUCUGUUGCAGCAGCACCACACUGCAAGUACACCUGCACGCUUUUAAUGCAAUUAAAUUGCAGCCUUCGUUCAUUACCGCCGUGACAAAUAACCCUCUCUUUGCUUGGGCGGUAUACAUCGUAGAUUCACAGGAGUACAGCACUGCCCUUCCAGAUGGAUGGGGCACUUACAGGCAAAAGCGCCCACCUUUUCACAGUGUCAAAGAUCAUUGUGCCUAAGCAGGCAGUACGAAAGGUAAGCUCGUUGUUUAUACACGACAGUACAUCAGACUUUGAGAUUAUCCAAGUUGGCAGCGUGCAUGACACACACAAUUUUUAGGCCUCUGUGUUUUCUCCAGUCAAUUCUUGGCUGAGGUUAUUCGCAAUCUGCCUUGGACUUGACAUUAUUAAGCGACGGGCCAACACAGAUGCUUCCCACACCAUGGUCGUGGGCUGCUUGCUGCUAUUUGAGAGUAGGUUGGAGGCUAGGAUAAUCACUAGAGAAAACUCUAAGAGUGUGCUGAUGUAUUCUUGAGCAAAGAAAAUAAUGCGAUGCAUCGCUGUGGAAAGUCUGAACUCAAGCAUAACUGAUGAGUUUGAACUACGGAUUUGUGUUGUUAAGGCCAGUCCAACCCAGGAGAAUUUCCUAUCAAAUGAAUACAAUUUUUAGUCUAAGGCUACCAAUAAUUUUAAACAUCUUCAUAAUGUACGAAAGAUCAUUGUAUUAAUUAUUUAACUCCUGAUUUCGCGUGACAAUGGUUACAGUACAAAAUAUAAAAACUACUUCUCAAAACGUUUGGCAAUGAGGACAUUAGUGUUGAGUAAGUCUACCGCUGGUGCAUGAGUACUAUUUGAUGGUUUUAUUAUUAGUGUGAGCGUUGGUUCUCCAAGAGUGAUGUGUAGAAUAUUUUUGGAACAACAUUUAUCAGGAAAAAAGCUACAUCUCUUGUUCAGUGGCACUUCCUGAUUUUAUUUUUCCACUGGAAUUGUGCCUCGCAUAAAACUCAUCACUCGGGAAAAAAAAUCUAAUUUAGUCUGAAGUUUUUUGUUUACUACAUUUGGAAGGGAGGAAUUAAGAAUUGUAUUUAUUAAGCAGUUUUGUUACGAACAAAAAUAUAAAAUGAACGACGUCCAUUUUCGUUUAGAUAAUGGUAUUAGUUGUGUUUAAGGUUAUGUGAAAACACGACAGGGCUACCGUCUACCAUAAAUAAAAAAAUAUAUAAAUACUAAUAAAGAUAAGUGUAUUAAACCCCAAUAGGAGGCCCACGUUGCCAACUGAAAUAGAAUGGAAAUAUAUGAGCAAAUUGGGCAAAUCAAAAGUGAAAGCAUAUCAAGAGAAAAAAAUUGAUUUGAAAUACCAUAUAUAUUGCACUGAAAUAGUUUAAUAUUAAGGUAUACAGUAACUGUAAAAAAAAUUGCAAAAUGGGACAGAACAUUUAUGUAAUUCUAAGUAUUCAAUUUUAACUAAUUACAAUGACAUAGUUACUUGCAUCCGAAGCUCCGAAAAUAUUCACUGUCAAGAUUAUUAAGAUUGUUAAGAUUAUUAAGUUGUCAAAUUUUCUUGCUGUGGUUUUCACACCUGAUGAUGAUUGCUUGUGUUGCAGUCGAAACGUCGUGAGAAUUAUAUUGUUUUAUAUUUUUAUUAUUUUAUUGUUUCCCUUCUAAGUGACUUUACCGAAAGAACCAAGAAUAUGGCCAAUGCUGCUCGUAUCCCGGCACCUCAGCAUUGCUAAAUUCUUCUAUAUUCCUCAGCUGUUGCAGUCGACUUCUGACCUCCAAGGGCUGCUCUUACAGUAUCCCAGUAUCAGGCUUGAGGUCUUCUCCUUGGUUGUUGAACUAUUUCGGCACCGACUACUCUUAAGAGCUGCCUUACUAAUCCGGCACUUUUCAUUUUGCAAAAAAAAAACCUCCACCGAUUUAGGCCCCCUACUCCUGAAUACAUGUGCAAUGCUUCGUAUGUAAAUAUAUUCACGUUAUAGAUUCAAUUGUUGCCACAUUGCUCAAUUACGUUAACACUUACAUGACACAUAUUCUGAAUACUAGAAAUUCCCGUGGAGCAGGCAAAGGUGUGUUAGAGCAAGACAUAUUAUUAUUUUCUGCCUGACAGUCACCUGGAUUUUAAGCCAUGACGUGUACCGCAUGUCCCAGCAUGCGUGUGGAAAUUCAGUGCAGCGUUAUAUAAUAAUGUAAUAAUUAUAUAUUUUCGUUAUUUUAUAUAUAUGUUUAUAUUAAUUGUAAACUUUAAUUGUAUUGGACAUGGUAUAAAGAGGCAUUCCUGAUCACAUUUCAAUGCAAAGUAUAAGUGUGUGUGCAAUAUGCCUGGUAAACCAUCUCUACAAUAUUAACAAUAGAACAGUUCUGCAUUUUACGAAAUUACAGAAUAAAUAUGUGCCGUAUGUGAAAGCAUUGUCCCAGUAAUAACCCCAUCAUUAUUAUACUUUCUCCAUGCAUUGAAUGGAAAAUAAGACACUGCCAGGAGUAAGAUGGUUCACAGAGAACUGCAGCACUUGGCAAAAACCAAUUGACGAUAUCGCCGCAUUCCAAACACUCAUUCCGCUCAGCUGCUCUACGGGCGUUUAAAGAGACGCAGGCCGCCCAGAGAGAGAGAGACAGUCAGCUAAAUAAGGGGUAACCCUGUAAGCCAUUUUCUAGAAAUAGGCAAGCAUGCUUAGAGCAGGAAUGUGACUGUUGAGUGCGGUGUGGAGAGCCUUGGCUAAUACAUCCACGUGAGGUGGGUUGCUGUGGGCAUGGACGGGAGGCAGUCCACAGGAAAUCGCUUAGCUGGCUUACGUUACUUCACAGCAGGCGUAGGGAAAAUGAUCCUCGGUGGAUCGCCCCGUGGCUGCAUUGUGUCAAGAGAUAAAGCUCGCGGGUGUGCCAAAGCUCUCCAUUCUCCACUGAGGGAGGCGCUAUUGCCUCCCUGGAAAAGGAUCUCGCAGAGUGCUCGGGAGAGCCCAUCACACGUCCAGUGCGGGCCCCCGGGCCAAAGUACGAUCAAGCUCAAGGAGAGGAUGGCAAGGGAAAUGUAGACGUCGCCGGUCAGCCUGGGCUACGGAGAUCGUACAGCGUUCCCGCUUCCGCACCGCAGCAGCAGCAGCAGCGUCAGCCUCAGCAUAGGAUGAUGAUGAUGACAGCUGAACGUGGCUCUGACGUGAAAGGCCAGAGAGUGGAAGAGAUGCCUGUUAUUGAACCAACAGCAGACUACCCUACGGAGAUGGCCAUGACGCCCCCGGUCUUCACAGCGGAUCUGCAGGACGUGGCGGUCAUGGAGGGGGAACCGGUGCGCAUGCAGUGCCACGUGACGGGGACUCCGCCGCCCGUCCUACAGUGGUUCCGCGAGGAGUUCCUCAUUCACAGCUCCGCCGACUUCCGCGCGACGUACGAGGGCGACGUGGCCACGCUCGCCAUCAGCGAGGCGUUCCCCGAGGACAGCGGUCGCUUCACUUGCCGGGCCUGCAACCCCGCCGGGGUCAACACCACCUCCUGCUUCCUCACCGUGCACAUCUCUGAAGAUGACGAGGGCUCAAAGCAUCACGUGGACAACUUCACCGAGACUGUGCUCACCCAGGCCAGCAUGCAUGGAGAGCGCACAAACGUGGCUUCGCCCACCCAGGCCUGCACGGUCGACUUCCCCGGCGAGGAGCCCGUGUUCGUGCGCCUGGCCGAGCCCCAGCUGCUGGUGGAGGGCAACCGCAUGGCGUUCGUCUGCCAAGUGCACGGGGAGCCACCGCCCCACGUCUACUGGAAGAAAGGAGGGAUCCCACUUUCUUCCGGAUACAGGUACAAGACGAAGUUCGACGCGCAGAGUGGGGAGUGCUGCCUGGAGAUCUCCUUCAUGCUCGCCGACGACGCGGGAGAGUACACCUGCGUGGCCCGCAACCCCCACGGCGAGACCAGCACCACCGUGCUGCUGCUGAACCAUAAUGACUAUCAAGCGCACCUGCAUCAGACCGGAAAAGCAAACCCAGUGAAGAAUGGUAUGGCCCCUCAUGCAGCACCCCCAGCCACACACACGCCGGAGUUUCUACGGGCACACACCAUGCUGAAGAAAGUGCCCAGGCCCACUGUGGACAGACAGGAUUCCUGCCUCUCGUCCUUCGAGGAGCGCCUGAUGCGGGAGAUCGAGUACCGCCUCGUGGGCCUCAGCCUGGAGGAGUUGCUGGCAGAGGACGGCGAGGGCCCCCCCCGGCACAGCGAGGACACCGGCCCCUCUUUCGAGCCGGCCGUGGAGAGCAGGCUCGUGAGCCAACGCGUCCAGGAGGGCUUCCCCGCGGCCUUCUUCUGCCAGCUCUCAGGACAUCCCCUGCCCAAGAUCCUGUGGUACAAGGAUGGCCGGCGGAUCUUCACGGGUCCUCACUAUCAGCUGGUGGGCCCGACGAGGCAGGGCGAAGUGGAGCUGCACAUUCCCAGCAUCCUUCCCGAGGAUGAGGGCAUCUACACCGUGCUGGCCUGCAACGCCUCCGGCAAUGCCGUGUGCUCCGCCAAGCUGUCCAUUGAGCCAGCGGGCAACGGGGCUGGGGGGCUGCCUUCGCCCAUGUCUCCGGCACGCCAGCAGAUCCCCAUGCCGGCCUGGCCCGGCACCCAAGGGUCAGCCUCGCAGCUUCCUCCUCCUGCCAAUAGGUCCCAACGGCCCCUGUCCCCCGAGCGAGCAGAGCCGGUGGGGGCGCUGCAGGACACGAGUGCGGAGAUCCUGGUGGAGCGGCUGCACAAGCCCAUGUUUGUACAGAAGCCCGAGUCGGCCAGCGUCACCGAGGGGCAGACGGCGCGCUUCGACCUCCGCGUCGUGGGCCGGCCCAUGCCGGACACGUUCUGGUUCCACAAUGGCAAGCAGGUGCUGAACGACCAGACGCACAAGGUGGUGGUGAAGGAGGACGGCACGCAGUCGCUCAUCGUGGUCCCGGCGACCCCAGCGGACGCUGGCGAGUGGACGGUGGUCGCGCAGAACAAAGGAGGCUCCACGUCUGUGAGCGUAGAGCUCGUCGUGGAAGCCAAGGAGCGCCUGGAGAAGCCUCGCUUUGUGGAGAAGCCGAACAACGUGUGCGUGAAGGAGGGCUCCGCCGUGCAACUCACGGCCCGCGCCAUCGGCAACCCCACCCCCGACAUCGUCUGGCAGAGGAACAACGACAUCAUAUUCCCGCACAAAUUCCCACACUACGAGGUGGAAAACACGAAGGGGGAAAGCACACUGACAAUUUACUCAGCGAAGCCCUCGGACAUGGCCUGGUACACCAUCAUAGCCCUCAACCGGGCAGGCCGGACCAUGGCGCGCUGCAAGGUGCAGGUGGAGGCAAUGCUAUCGGACCGGCAGCCCGAGCCCGAGCGCAAGCUCAUCAUCCCCAAGGGCGUGUACCGCGACAUCGCUCCGCCCGUGCUGGAGCCGCUGCACCUGCGCCACGGCCAGGACCAGUGGAACGAGGGCGACCUCUACGACAAGGAGACCCAACAGAGGCCCUUCUUCAAGAAGAAGCUGACGUCCGUUCGGCUGAAGCAGUUCGGGCCCGUGCACUUCGAGUGCCAGAUGACGCCCAUCGGGGACCCCCACAUGGUGGUGGAGUGGCUGCACGACGGGCAGCCUCUGCAGGCCGCUAACCGCUUCCGCAUCGUCUGCGAGUUCGGCUACUGCAGCCUGGACUACGAGGUGGCCUACCCGAGGGACAGCGGCAUCAUCACCUGCCGCGCCACGAACAAGUUCGGCUGCGACCAGACGUCGGGCUCGCUCAUCGUCAAGGACGAGAAGAGCCUGGUGGAAGAGAGUCAGCUCCCGGAGGGGCGCAGGGGAUUCCACCGCUUGCAGGAGCUCGAGAAGGGCAUGGCGGGGACAGCCGUGUCGAAGGAGGAUGUCCCGGAUGCGAGGGAGAAGCCGUACUUUGUGAUGUACCCCGAACCGUGCCGGGUGUACGACGGGGAGACGGCUCGGUACCACUGCCGCGUCACCGGAGUGCCCCAGCCCAAGGUCUUGUGGUUCCUCAAUGGGCAGCGGAUCCACCGCAGCAAGCGGUUCCGGCUGCGCUAUGACGGCAUCCAUUAUCUGGAGAUCGUCGACUGCAAGUCCUACGACACGGGAGAGGUGAAGCUUGUUGCGGAGAACUCGGAGGGCUCGGUGGAAUGCAAAGCGGUGCUGGAGAUUCUGCCAAAGCAGGACUUCAGGGCUGUGCUGCGUAAAUCUGUGCUGGAGGGCAAAGCCGACGGUCACAAGGAUUCCGGGAAGGCGCUCUUCGAGGUGCGCAAGCCGAAGGGGCCCCUUCAGCACUCGUCGUCGCACGCGCCCAUCGAGGUCGUGAAACUCAAGAAGGCCGAGAGGAUCACCCACGAGAAGCAGUCCGAGGAGACAGAUGAGCUCCGUGGGAAGUUCAAGCGCAGGACCGAGGAAGGAUACUUUGAGGCCCUUACGGCCAUCGAGCUCAAGAGCCGCAAGAAGGACGCCGACUACCAGGAGAUGCUCAAGAGGAAGCGGGAGGAGCUUGUGCACAGGGCCACGGAAGCCACCGCGGAGGAGCUGGAGCAAGAGAGCAGGGCUGCAGGGCAGGUCUACAAGGUGGAGCGCAUGCAGCUGGCGCCUGGCAUGGAGCCGCCGAAAUUCACCGAGCGAAUCCAGAGCCAGACGGUGCCCGAGGGUGGCGAGGCUCGUUUUUGCGUCCAGGUGAAAGGCAAGCCCCAGCCCGAGUGCCAGUGGUUUCUGAACGGCGUUCUGCUGGAGAGAUCGGAGAGGCUGAACUGGCACUGGCCCGAGGAGAGCACGUGCGAGCUUGUCGUCCAGGACGUGACGGCACAGGACUCGGGCAGUGUCAUGGCCAAGGCGGUGAGCGCAGCCGGGGAGACCACGAGCCACGCGUUCCUGCUCGUGCAAUCGAAGCAGGUGAUCACCUUCAUUCAGCCCCUGUCGGACGUCUUCGCCAAGGAGAAGGACACGAUGGCCACCUUCGAGUGCGAGCUGUCGGAGCCCUUCUUCAAGGUGAAGUGGUUCCGGGACCGUCGGGCGCUGAAACCGGGAGACAAGUACCGCAUGCACUCGGACCGCAGGGUGCACAUGCUCUCCGUCCUCGCCAUCGAGGAAAGCGACGCCGACCUCUACACCUGCGAGCUGGCCGAGGACAGUUCCGUCAGCUGCGCUGCCACGCUCAUCGUGGAAGGCACGCUGUUGGAGAUACUGAAGGAGCUGGAGGACGUGGAGGUGCCCGAGUCUCUGAGCGGCGAGUUGGAGUGCGUGGUGUCACGCGAGGACGCCGAUGGCGAGUGGUUUCAUGGGGACCGUCCUCUCGAGCACGGAGACAAGUACCACGUGUCGUCGCGCCGCGGCAGACACACCCUGGUGGUGCGGGACGUCGUUCGCGACGACGAGGGGGAGUACAGCUUCCACGUGGACGGCCUGAUGAGCACCGCGACACUCUCCAUGCAACUACGCCCGGUGACGGUGCUGCAAGGCCUUGGAGACACGGCGGCGUGCGAGGGUGAAGCCGUCCAGCUGGAGGUGCGCUUCCUGCAGGAGGCCGUGGAGGGCGUCUGGUGCCGGGACGGUCACGAGCUCACGCCUGGGGGCCGCAUCUCCUUCUGCUCCAGGAAGCAGUCCCACCUGCUGUGCGUUGACAAUGCGAGCUUGGCUGACAGCGGGGAAUACUCCUUCGAGGUCCCGAAGCUCCAGUUCGUCACGUCUGGACGGCUCACUGUGCAGCGCGUGGAGGUGGCAAGGGAGCUGCAAGAUCAGGAUGUGCUGGAAGGCACACGGGUGGUACUGGAGGCCAAGUUGUCCAUCGCGGACGUGCAGAGCCGCGUGUGGCUGCGCGAUGGGGAGCCCCUAAGCCUCGGGGAUCGUGUGCAGCCCGUCGUCAAAGGAACCAAGCAACGCCUCGUAUUCUCUCGCGUCUUCGCAUCAGACACGGGCGAAUACACGCUGCAGGCGGGCAACGCCUUCACGAGCUGCGUGCUCGAUGUCCGAGACGUGUCCAUCGUACGGGGGCUGGAGGAGCGCACGUGCUGCGAGACGGAGGACGUGACGCUGGAGGUAGAGGUGUCGCACGCCGGCAUUGAGCCGCGCUGGACAUUCGGCGAGCGGGAGCUGCGGCCCGGCGGACGCUGGAAGCUGGAGAUCCAGGGCCACGUGUGCCGUCUCACCCUGCUGGGCGUGAGCAAGUCUGACGAGGGCCUCUACACGUUUGCGGCCGGGGAGAAGCAGAGCUCCGCCAACCUCAUGGUCACCGGCAGCGCCAUAGCGGUGCCGCCGCAGGACGCGUGCGUGGUGGAGUCGCAGGCCGCCGUGUUCGAGUGCGAGCUGCACAACGCGCAGAGCGCGUGCCGCUGGCUCAAGGACGGGCGCGAGAUGGCGCCGGGGGGGCGCGUGCGCGAGGAGAGCGACGGCGCCCUGCGUCGCCUCGUCAUCGACAACGCGGGCCCGGCCGACGUGGCCGAGUACUCGUGCCACGUGGCCUCGUCGCGGGCGUCCGCCCGGCUCUCGGUGGACGCUGUGAAGAUCAAGAAGACGCUGAAGGCCGUGUCGGUGCUGGAGACGCGUGCAGCCAUCUUCACGCUGGAGCUGUCGCACGAGGACGUGGCGGGCGGCGUGUGGAUCCGCAACGGGGUGGAGCUCGUGCCGGGGGACAAAUACGAGAUGUGGUCGGAGGGCACCGUGCACACGAUGCGCAUCAACAACUGCUGUCCCGGCGACGAGUCCGUGUACAACUUCAAGCUGGGCAAGCUGUCGGCCAAUGCACGGCUGCACGUGGAUGCCGUGAAAGUGGUACGCAAGAUGAAGGACGUCUGUGUGACGGAGGGCGAAGUGGGAGUCCUGGAAUUGGGCCUCUCCCACGAGGGCAUCGCCGUCAAGUGGCUGCACAAGGGAGAGGCCGUCAAGUCCGGCCAAAAGUACCGGCUCAGUGCCGAGGGCAAGAACUACCGCUUGGAGGUGCUGGCUGCGAGCGACGAGGACAAAGGGACCUACACGGCCGUCAUUGGGCAAACGGCAGUCUCAGCUGAGCUCUCUGUUGAAGGUUGACUGAAGAACAAAUCACGUGGUCGUGAAGUGUGAAGUUGGAAAGCGAGAUGUCAACGUUGGUGGUGGAAUAAAUUGAAUCUGGAUGUUGUUUUUGAAUAGUGCAGAAACAUGAAAUGAACAUUACGUUGGCUAUAAAGGAUAACCCCCAAACUAAAUGUGUUGACCAAGAAGGCAGUGUUAAUGAUGUCGAAUGAUUGACUUUAAUGUGGCAGUUGGAUACUUUGAAACGUUGCUUUGGAUCACAGCACGGUUGUCCACUAUUUUAAGAAUGUAGCUAGAGUUGUAACGUGGCAAGGAGAAUCGCGGAUUGCGUUCAACACUACUAAAAACGCUAGAGACAGAUACGUAUUGUAUAAGCAUGUGAGCUUCCCGAGCGCCUGGAAAUGUAGCGGACAUUUUCACCACAUAUGGGCCAUCGGUUGUUUUACUCGGACAAGAGCCACAGGGCUUGAUGUUUGUUUCACCCACUGAUGCACAAGAAUGUCCUUGGUAGCAUAAACAAAUGAAUUAUUAAAAUAUUAAAAUGUGUUUGCAUUUCUACGUGGAAGAGUGAGUGAAGAGAACGUUCUUCCAUUCCCUCAUAGCU